AUGCGAUCGUUUUUCUUUGUUCUGGCAUUAUUGGCUACGGUUUCAGCAGUUUCCAUCGAUGUCAACGACAAGGAUUCCAUAUGUGAAGCUGCUUCUUACGUGGCCAAUGGAGAACUUAACUACUACGAAGGAUUGAAAUACGGAGGUACCGUGGGCAUGUUUGCGUCUCCAAACUAUUGGUGGAAUGCCGGUGAAGCUUUUGGAGGUUUGCUCGAUUAUUUCACAUUCUGCGACAGCGGAAACAAAUCACUCGAAAAACUUAUAUUCAAUGGAAUGUACCAUCAGGCUGGUGAUCAGUACAACUACAUCCCCUCCAACCAGUCUUUGACCGAAGGAAAUGAUGAUCAAGGUGUUUGGGGUAUGGCUAUUAUUGCUGCGGUUGAGCGUAACUUUACCGAUCCAGAGCACAGUUGGUUAUCGAUGGCUCAGGCUAUUUACAACACUAUGAACUCGAGAUGGGAUACAAAGCACUGUGGAGGAGGCUUGCGGUGGCAGAUUUUCACUUGGAACUCAGGUUACAACUACAAAAACUCGAUUUCCAAUGGAUGUCUCUUCCAUAUAUCGGCUCGUUUGGCUCGUUAUCUCAAAAAUGACACUUAUGCCAAGACAGCAGAAAAAGUUUGGGACUGGAUGGAAGAGUUGUUCUUCCAUGAAGACGAUGGAGAAUUGGUGAUCUAUGAUGGUGCACCCAUCGAAGAAAACUGUACGGACCACACCACUCUCAAGUGGUCUUACACCUAUGGAAUUUUCAUGUCGGGCGCGGCAUACAUGUACAACUAUACCGAGGAAGCCAUCUGGAAACAAAGAGUGGAAGAAAUCUGGCAGGUGGCGUCGUCAUUUUUCUUUGACGACAACAAGAUUAUGCAAGAAACCCAGUGUUGGAACAACGGAGACCCCAAGUGUAACAAUGACCAGCGUUCGUUCCGAUCUUUGUUCUCUCGGAGUAUUCAAUUGACGUCGGUCUUGGUCCCCGAUAUGUACGAUGAGAUGAGACCGUACGUCGAGGCUAGUGCUGAAGGAGCUGCUAAAUCGUGUUCUGGUGGUAGUGACGGGGUAACGUGCGGUCAAAAUUGGUCCACUGGGAAAUGGGAUGAAGUUUAUGGAUUGGGUGAGCAGCAGUGUGCUUUGGAAGUGAUGAUGGCGUUGCUUGCUAGAGACGUUGAUCCUCCAUACACUUCCAAAAACGGAGGAACAUCAAAGAGUCAGCCCAAUGCCGGUAUCGACUCGCAAGAUAACAUCAACGAAAAUGAAUUGAAGAUUACUGGAAAGGACAAGGCGGGUGCCGGAGUAUUGACGGCGAUUGUGCUUGCAAUUAUCCUCGGCGGUGCCGUUUGGAUGCUAUUCUAA